AUGGCGGAAGUGGAGGUAUUUGAGGAAGAGGUUUUACCAGCUGAAUCUGAGGCUAUGUUGGCUGUAGCACAGCCUGCAGAGUUACCAGAAAUUAAGUUGUUUGGCCGUUGGAGCUGUGAUGAUGUUCAGGUGUCAGAUAUGUCCCUUCAGGACUACAUUGCAGUCAAGGAAAAAAAUGCUAAGUACCUGCCACAUUCUGCAGGCCGAUACGCAGCCAAACGGUUCCGUAAGGCACAGUGUCCCAUUGUUGAACGACUCACAAAUUCAUUGAUGAUGCAUGGUCGCAACAACGGAAAGAAACUUAUGGCUGUCCGUAUUGUGAAACAUGCUUUUGAAAUCAUUCACUUACUGACAGGGGAGAAUCCAUUGCAAGUUUUGGUGACUGCUAUUAUCAACUCUGGUCCUAGAGAAGACUCGACACGUAUUGGUCGUGCGGGUACUGUCAGGAGACAAGCUGUGGAUGUGUCACCACUGAGGCGCGUUAAUCAGGCUAUCUGGUUGCUUUGCACUGGUGCACGAGAAGCAGCUUUCAGGAACAUCAAGACAAUUGCUGAAUGUGUGGCAGAUGAGCUCAUCAAUGCUGCUAAUGGUUCAUCAAAUUCAUAUGCAAUCAAGAAGAAGGAUGAGCUGGAACGUGUUGCCAAAUCGAACCGUUAACAACUUGUGCAUUAUAUUGUAAUUAAUAUGUCAGUAAACUAUCAUGGUUACACAGACCAUGCCUUUUACUUCACUCAAUUGGUAAUUGCUCUACUUUGAAUGUUUUAGAUUUUAGAAGGGCUACACUAUUUGGAAAGCUCUCCACUUCCUUUCUUACAAUUUAAUUUUUAGACCCAUGUGACAGAUCCCUCUCCUGUGCAGUUAAUGCAAAUACAAAUAUAUUCUGUGUAUUUUGGAAUGUAGUCCAUUAAAUGUUUGUGCACGAGCUUUUCAGUUAUCAGGAAAAAAUGUGAAACUCUGUACAGUUAGUCCACAAUAUACAUAGUUUUGUAUAUUUAA